AUGGACUUCGAUCCACGUGGAAAGAAGUGGGAUUGCUGUUGCUGCAGAUUGCCAACUGGUCUGCAGAUUCUGGCCACUGUUGAAGCAGUGGUCGCUGUCAUCGUCGCUAUCAUCGCCACCAUUCAUGUGACCACUGCCGUUGAGAAACCGUCCUACUUCGAGAUAUGUCUCAUACUGCUGAUGAUUCUACUGGUUAUUACAUCAGGUUUAUUGAUUCUCGGUAUUCAUAGACAUGAUGUGACUUUAAUGUAUCCAACGAUAGCAGCACGAUUACUUCUCAUAAUAUUCGUACAGGUUUUCGGCGUGUCUACAGUUGUGGCUCCGCAGGAGGUACAAACAAGGUGGGAUAGGCUACAGCUAGAAGAAGAGGGAAAGGAAGUCGAAAAGGAUCAGAAUGUCGCACUGAGAUUGGUAUUUCUCGUUUUCGCUAUGCUAUUCAUUACCGUAUUCGUUUUCUACUGUAUUUAUCUGGUUGUACGGUGCAUACAAUACGAACGAUGCUUUUCUCGACUAAAGGAACGUCGAGAAUCGUUCUUCCAUGCAGCUAUGAUAGGUAAGCACUUUUGCUUCUAUAAUUCACAAAAUUUGCCGGCCAUCGCCAGGUGGGCAGGGCCAGAGCAAUGGGCCCAGGGGCAAGGAAUUUUCGCCUACUGGUAG